CUACACUCCCUACACUACGAAUUACCAGGGGCUUCACUUCCAGCCAAGGAUGACGACAAAUUAAUUGAUUGGUCUUUUUUACUCUGUACAACCAACUUUAAUGCAAACCAUUACGCUAUCACCCAGGAUCGAAGGGAAAAUCAACUGUAAAAAGAUUAAUUCGCACAAUACACCUCGAAAGCGCAGCCACACAAUCCACAAAGUCAGCCCUGAUUCGAGGUCAACGUUUGACAUCGAAGUCUAAUAAAUUGUCUAUUCCGAUAGCAACCCUCCUUGUCUCUACUUAUACUACCAAUUCACCCACCCAAAUCGCAUGUAUGUCUCAUAGAAGUCACCAGACAUCUUCAAAUAGACAGGAAUUACAUCCAAUACCCGGACUCAAUAGUGACUCGUGGAAGACCUCGAAUCCUGUCUCAAGACACUCUUUGAGGGUAAGGUUAUCCUCUCACAGUCCUAGCGUUCGGACUCUCGACUUCGCACAUCAUACACAACAAGGAGAGGCUUCACAGGUUAGUCCGUUGACCGACGACCAAGAAGAUUCCAAUUCCGAUUUUGACGACGAUAUGGAAGGACGAAGGCCUCCAUUGCAUCGCCCUGCAGAUGGCCGUUCACAUCAACCAUUACUACACAAAAGUGAUGAUCCUGAGAGAGGGAGGACGGGAUACAAUGCGUCUCCAGGUCCCACGGAACGUCCCACAUUCUCGAGACGAUCUACGAUGCGAAGUCGAAGUCCGGACACUCAAGCAAAAUUGGCCACAAAAAAGAAAUAUACAUAUGCCGCCUUCUUUUUGGGAUUGAGUUUGAUUAGUUUCGUCAUCCAAACAGAAACUGCCGUGUAUAUACAACAUCAAUUGGGGUGGAAUAAAGCAUACUGCAUGUUGUACGUAGGAGAAUCCACCCCAACAACACUAGAAGCUAACAUUUCAACUCCAGAUAUUUUACUCAUGGAUCAUGGUCUUUACUAUGGCCUACUCAACUUUUAAUAUUACGAUUACAAAAAUGGAAGAUGCCAUGGAAAACCUUCUGGAGAAGACACGUUUAUCUUGUUCGAACGACCGCACAAAUGGUGGAAACUGGAGAAUUAGAUAUCCCAAGAGGGCAAAGAUCCCCAAUUCCAUAUAUGCUCAAAAUGACUGCGUUCGUUACAUGCGCACUUACAGUUGCUGGUGGAUCUUGGUACGUGGCGGUUAAUUUAACAUCACCAUCCGAUCUCACGGCUAUUUACAAUUGCUCGGCAUUCUUCGCAUAUGCUUUCAGCGUACCUCUUUUGAAAGAGCCUCUUAGAUGGGAUAAAUCUUUUGCGGUCAUGGUGGCUAUUAUCGGAGUUUUGGUUGUCGCAUAUGGAGAUUCUACACCAACGAAACAUGGAGGGAAAUCUGGUGGUUCAGUGGGUGGGAAACCAGGUGAUGUAGAUGAUGAAGCAUCAAAUAGAGUUCUGGGAAAUCUUGUUAUUGGAAUUGGGAGUGUUCUUUAUGGAUUCUACGAGGUCUUAUAUAAGAAAUUGGCAUGUCCACCUGAAGGAACAAGCCCCGGUCGAGGCAUGAUUUUCGCCAAUACAUUCGGAUCUCUCAUCGGAUCUUUUACCCUAUUAGUUCUCUGGAUUCCCUUGCCCAUCCUCCAUCUUACCGGUCUCGAAACAUUUGAGCUCCCACAUGGAGAGGCAGCUUGGAUGCUGGCCAUCUCCGUCCUAGCAAAUGCUAUUUUCUCAGGAAGUUUCUUAGUCUUAAUCAGUCUUACAAGCCCUGUUUUAAGUAGUGUCGCAGCACUUUUAACUAUUUUCCUCGUCGCAAUAGUCGAUUGGGCUUUCACGGGUGUACCAUUGAGUCCGGCUGCUAUUGCAGGUGGUUUGUUGAUUAUCGUGGCGUUUUUGUUGUUGAGUUAUAGUACUUUUAGAGAGAUGCAAGAGGAGAGGCGAAAAAGAGAAAUAGAUUUGAGUGAUCAUGAUUCGGACAGCGAUAAGUUCGAUGAGUAGACGUCCUUGAGUGGACUGGUGGGUGGGUAGGCGGUCGGUGGGUUUGGUUGAAUAGGUGGCUCUUUACAUAGGAUUGAUUGCAUUGACUACAUACAUUUUGGGAAGUAUCUUGCGGUACUCGGUGUGGGGAAUACCUGUAGGUAUUAACUAGCCUCAUAGCAUGGCUAUGGUUUAAGGCUUAAACUUAGGGUUUACGGUUUGCAUCUAGAUGGCGCGGGCGUUCUGGAUAUUGAUCUAUCAAUGGAGAAUUGAUGGGCACUUUUUUCCUGGCCAC